CAAAGGGGGCGUUUCCCGCAUGGCGUUGUUUUGAUAUAUAAGCAUGGGCACGAUGGGGGACUAUGACGACAUCGGGCUGGAUUUGAGGGUUCCCAAGAUGUCACCGGAGUCGGAUGAUUUGGAGCAGUGUGAUAGUCGGACGGAAUCGGAUGCAGAGCAAGUUGGCAGGUUUCUAGUGGACGGAAGUCCGAUCAAAUUAGAAAGAAGUGAAAGCGAUACGGAAUCUGACAAUCCUGGAAUGUACGAUAAUCAACACAUCGAUGAAGUCUCUGAUGCUGAUAUCGAUAUAAAAGUGUGCUAUCCUAACACUGAAUUGUACAGAUUAGAUGCUCAUAAUAAUGAAAGUGACGAUGUUUCCGAAGAGUCUGAGAAAUAUGAUGACUUUGCGACGACAAACAACGAUAAGUCAGUGGUGGUUAUUAGUGGCCGUAGACAAAGUGGAGAGGGUGGGAAAAGAAUCCAGUUGAGGAGUUUACUGGACACACGGGUUAGCAGAGGGGGGAAGAUCGAAAAGGUCCGUGUCAUCAAAAGUCCCAACAUGACAAAACUGGAUGUUCCGAGGGGAAACCUCCGAGCCAACCUUCGCCUGCAGUUGAUGAAGAUGCAGGCCGCACAGGAAGAUCAGAAGAAAGAGCAGAUGACCUACUCCCAGUCGUAUAAACCCGUCACUCAGUCCCAGCCCCAGACCAUACAGAUCCCCGCCGCCACGGCUCACGCAGACACACAGGUCCCCUCCAGUAUACUCACAGUCAAAACACCACUCCAAAACCCAACACAGUUCCACGUAAGUGAAAACCAGAAACGACAAAUUCACCUCUUCCUUCACAAUACGGGCAAGGUGAGCACGGCCCAGUCUAUGCCCGCUCUUACCACUCAGAUGCCCGCAGCUAACAUGCCCACCACAGUCAGUGGGAGUGCGCCCACGGUGGAUCCCGACAGCCCACUCUCCAUGGGCUUUAGUAGUGCUACUAACAGUGUCUCCGAUUUUAAUGAGGUUGACAACCUUUUGAAUGAUCUCAUCAGUCUAGAGUCUGUAGAUCCUAAUGUUGACCAGGAUCUAAAUCUUCUGGACAUGUCGUCUCUCAACCAAAUGUCCUCAACACUGCCUCAUUCCAACAAUAUCUUGGGUCUUUACAAUGAAUCAUCAAACGACCCAGAAAGUAGUAAUACAGCAAGCUCGUGUCCGGCUAAAUUCACCAACAUUCCAAUGCCUGAGUUCCUGUCUGAGGAGGAGCAAAGGAUGUGGGCGAAAGACAGACAGAAGAAGGACAACCAUAACAUGAUUGAGAGAAGAAGAAGAUUCAAUAUUAAUGACCGAAUCAAAGAGUUAGGGACACUCCUCCCAAAAUCCACAGAUCCAGAUAUGAGACAGAACAAAGGAACGAUCCUAAAGGCUUCUGUAGACUACAUCAGGAGAUUAAAGAGAGAUCAGGACAAAAUGAAGACAUUAGAGGCCAGACAGAGGCAACUGGAGAUGAACAACAGAAAAAUGCUCCUCCGAAUGCAGCAAAUGGAGUUGCUUAUGAAAGCUCAGGGAAUGCAGACAGGUCUGGACACCGAGAUUGAACAAUUGACACUAUCUCAGCAGCCUGUUACAUUUCAGACUACCAAAUUCCAACCUGAUCUCGCAGGUCUCACCAAUAACAUGGACGUGUUUAUGGAUGACGGCUCACCAGUGAAUGCCGAUCCCAUGCUUUCCUCAGAGCCAGUCAGUCCUAGUAACCUUGACGACUCGUCAGACAUGUUAUGAAAUAUUGUGUUGUCUGGAUGUGUCAUGUGAAUUCACUCGGCAAGUCUGAGCGAAAAGACUUUCGUCCUAAGAUACUGAGUAUCUGCGUGGCAGGAAGGCCUAUUUCCUGAAACUCUACAGACUUUUCGCAGUUCCCAGAGCAGGGAUGAUCAAGAUGACUUCGCUAACAUUUUUCGAAGAGGAUAGCAAGGUUCUUCAUUUGUGAUCAAAGUUUCUCAAAAAGUGCAAUUCCCCUUUAUCCUCUUUUAGCAUAGAUUGGAUAUUAAAUUUUUAUGAUUGUUUUCUCUCUUACCCCCCCCCCCCCUCCCCAACCCCCAACCCCACACCAAAUGUCUUACUCCCAGGGUAAUUCAAUACUGGUGAUGGAAUCAAACCUUGUAAAUAUACAUGUAUCUUUCUUUCAUCAUUUCAUAGUGCUGGCACAUUAUUGUCAUAUAAUAUGGUCAAAAUCAUACAUGGUUAUUAUCUUUUCCAUAUU